AUGGCGACUCCAGCGAGGGCUUUGCCCUCGGCCAUCUCCUGGACCUGUCGCCAAUGUCGACUCCUUCGCGGCAGUCUCGAGACGAGAGCGCAGACUGCACGGCUACCUCUAGCAGGACGCCGUCAAAACUUUUCUACGACAAAGUCUCACCAUGCUGAAGUCCAGAUUCGGGCCGCGCCCGAGAUCGAUCUUGACGAUCCUCAAGCCAUCCCAGCUCGGAUCAUACCUGCGUCGCCCUCAUACUUCACAGCAUCUCCUCUAUUCAACGAUCACGUUCUACUACUGCAGUCACUGGUUAAGAAGCACAGCUCGCUUCCCAUUGCACCCCCGGAGUUGACACCACGGGCCGCAUGGCUGAAGUUGAGCCAGUACCGCAGUUCGGUGGGCGAGAAAAUUGCCGCUUCAAAGUACACCAAGGUCUUACAUCUCUUGACUCGGCUAAACAAGAUCCACCGCAAGAUUCGCCCGAAGGAAGUAAAGCAGAUACUAGACGAAUUUCGUCGACCCGGUUCAGAAGAAUUGCAGAAGGCGAAGCCGGGUAAAAUCGAUGAGUACGGCAGGUCGACAGCGAUAGGACGCCGGAAAGAGUCUUCCGCCAAAGUAUAUCUGGUAGAAGGUACUGGGGAAGUGCUGGUCAAUGGCCGCAGUCUCGUGCAAGCAUUUCCACGAUUACAUGACAGAGAGAGUGCUCUAUGGGCACUGAAAGCCACUGAGCGGAUGGACAAGUACAAUGUAUUCGCCAUGGUCUCUGGAGGAGGAGUGACUGGGCAGGCGGAGGCGAUAACAUUGGGAUUGGCCAAGGCACUGCUGGUACACGAACCAGCUCUCAAACCAGCCCUUCGACGAGCUGGUUGUGUCACUUCGGAUAUGAGACGUGUCGAACGAAAGAAGCCUGGAAGGCUGAAGGCCAGAAAGAGACCUACCUGGGUCAAGCGAUGA